AUGCGUCUCGACGUGAAGAGGCAGCUUUUUGCGCGCUCGGAGAGAGUCAAGGGCAUUGACUUCCACCCGACCGAGCCAUGGAUUCUCACGACCUUGUACAGCGGACACGUCCAUAUCUGGUCGUACAUUUCGCAAUCGAUCGUCAAGACAUUCGAGCUCACCGAUGUCCCCGUUCGCGCCGGCCGCUUCAUUGCAAGGAAGAACUGGAUCGUUGCAGGCUCCGAUGACUUCCAAAUGCGCGUAUACAACUACAACACUUCCGAGAAGGUCACAUCUUUCGAGGCACACCCAGACUACAUCCGCGCGAUUGCCGUCCACCCGACACAGCCCUUCGUGCUGACCGCCAGUGAUGACAUGACAAUAAAGCUGUGGGACUGGGAGAAGGGCUGGAAGUGCGUUCAAGAAUUCGCCGGCCACCAGCACUACGUUAUGGGCAUCGCCAUCAACCCCAAGGACCCUAACACCUUUGCCUCGGCCUGUCUCGACCGCACAGUGAAGAUCUGGUCGCUUGGCAGCUCCACCCCCAACUUCACCCUCGAGGCGCACGAGACCAAGGGUGUCAACUUUGUCGACUACUACCCUCAAUCUGACAAGCCCUACCUUCUCACGACAUCCGACGACAGAACCGUCAAGGUCUGGGAUUACACCACGAAGGCGCUCAUCGCGACGCUCGAGGGCCACACAUCGAACGUCAGCUUUGCUGUCUACCACCCUGAACUCCCUGUAAUCAUCUCCGGCUCGGAAGAUGGCACAAUCAAGAUCUGGCACUCGUCCACAUAUCGCCUGGAACAGUCACUGAACUACGGUCUGGAGAGGUCGUGGUGCGUUGCAUCCCAGAAGAGCAAGAAUGGCAUUGCGCUUGGAUUCGACGACGGAGCUGUGGUCAUCUCGAUGGGUCGGGAGGAGCCAGCAGUCAGUAUGGAUGCCGGUGGCAAGGUCCUGUGGGCGAAGCACAACGACAUUCUUGCAGCGACCAUCAAGGGCAACGAUCAGCUGAAGGACGCUGAGCGACUCACAUUGCCCUCCAAGGAUCUGGGGUCGACUGAGAUCUACCCUCAGUCCUUGCUCCACUCGCCCAACGGUCGUUUCGUUGCCGUCUGUGGCGAUGGCGAAUACAUCAUCUACACCGCUCUUGCGCUCCGCAACCAGGCUUUCGGAUCCGCACUGGACUUCUGCUGGGCCUCUAAAGACCACGACAAGGAUUAUGCCAUUCGUGAAUCUGCCACCAGCGUCAAGAUCUUCCGCAACUUUAAGGAGCGAAGCGUCCUCAACGUCGGUUUCUCUGCUGACGGGUUGAGUGGUGGCGUUCUUCUGGGUGUCAAGGGACAAGGUGGCAUUGGCUUCUAUGACUGGGACUCUGGUGCUCUUGUCCGAAGAAUAGAGGUCGAGCCCAAGAGUGUCUACUGGUCAGAGAGCGGCGAGCUCGUUACAUUGGCCACGGAAGAUACCUACUAUGUUCUACGGUACUCCAGAGAAGACUAUUUGGCGGCAGUGCAGAAUGGUGAGAUUGACGAAGACGGUGCGGAAUCUGCUUUCGAAGUCGUCUGCGACAUCAACGAGAGUGUACGCACAGGUUGCUGGGUUGGCGACUGCUUCAUCUACACCAACAGCACGAACCGCCUCAACUACCUGGUCGGUGACCAAACCUACACCAUCUCCCACUUCGACUCGCCUCACUACGUCCUUGGAUACCUUGCUCGUGACUCAAGGAUCUACGUUGCCGACAAAGAUGUCAACGUUGUAUCUUUCGCUCUUUCGCUGGCUGUUGUGGAGUACCAGACUUUGAUCCUCCGAGGAGAGCUCGAGGCUGCAGAGGAGACAUUACCCUCCGUGCCAAAAGACCAGAACAACAAGAUUGCGCGAUUCUUGGAGGGCCAAGGGUACAAGGAGAUGGCGCUCAAGGUGGCUACCGAUCCCGAGCACCGGUUUGACCUCGCCCUCUCGCUGGGUGACCUGCAACAAGCGACCGAGAUUGCUCGUGAACAGGACACAGAGCACAAGUGGAAGACUGUUGGUGACGCUGCCCUGACCGGUUGGGACAUCAAGCUUGCGCAAGAAUGCUUUGUCAAGGCCAAGGACUUGGGCUCUCUGCUCCUGCUCUACUCGGCCACAUCGGAUGACUCGGGCCUCCGCGAACUGGCCUCUCUUGCCGAGACCGCAACAGCGAACAACGUUGCUUUUUCAGCGCUUUGGCAGAUGGGCGACCUUCAAGCUUGUAUUGAUUUACUCGUCAAGACCAACCGCUUGGCCGAGGCUGUACUCUUCAGUCAGACCUACACACCUAGUGCAACAGCGGGUCUGGUCAAGCAGUGGAAAGCUAAUCUCGACAAGGAGAACAAGAGCAGGGUCGCUAAACUGAUUGGAGUACCUCCACAGGAUGGCGAGGGUGAUGAGGAUAUGUUCCCAGAGUGGGACGAAUACCUUCGCAUGGAGCGCGAGGGCGGCGUCGUCGAGGACCUCCUGGUGCAGGACGAUGAGGUCGACGCUGAGGCUGAAGAAGAGGUUGCCGAGGCUGCCGAGGCUGCCGAAGAAGAUGAGGAGGAAGACGAAGACGAAGAGGAAGACGAAGAGGAAGAGGAAGAAUAG